UCUCCAUCACACUUCUUCGGUUCCAUUUUUCUGGACCGAGAGCAGAGGCUCUUCAGGGGAAGCGAGAAAGUAAAUUGCAAAGCUCAAAAUCUUGAGCCCUAGUGAUCCAAAAAUCCCGUAAGUAAUGCCUAUUUCAUCAAUUCACCGUGAUUUAUCGAUUUAGAGCUAUAAAACGAGUUUUUGGAUCAGGAAUUUCUUGAAUUCCCGAUAAGCCAAAUUAGGGUUUCGGAGUAUCCGGAAGCCGGAUUGAGCCCAAAUUUCAUAUACGAGCUUCCUGCAGCGAGGUAAUCAAUCCUCUAGUUCUAAUCCCUGAAUUUCGUCUAUUAUUUAGGCCGGGGUCCAAACCGCUGAAUUUAACUCCGGCCAGGGUUUGAUGUGUUUUUAUCAAGAAUUUGACCCGGAGCCUAGAACUAAUAUUGACGGGGAUACUGCAGGGGAUAUUAGGGCGGUCUCGGAUUUUUAUUCGGGGUUCAUUCGUGAAAUUGACGUUUUAGUACGGGAAGCUUAAACCGGUGUUUCAUCGACCAGAACUGGUGAGGGAUUAGCACGGCAUACCGGGUUUGUCGUAUCACGAUAAUUAUAUUAAUGCUUAGAAUUGACCUAGGUGAACUAGAAUGGCAUGAUUAGGGGUGUAUGGACUUUUUUGCUAUAUGAUGAACCCUGGACUGUUGUAUGAUAUUAUUGACUUGCCCUAAUCGAUAUGAACCUUGUUUAUGUGGAUGAUUGCAUACAUGUUGCCAUUUGUGGCUUAACUAUUGAUAUGACUUCAUGGUUGUUCGAUAAGGGGUUUUGACAUGGUGUGAUAUUAUGGUUGUAUUUGGAUCCAUAAGUGGGGGAAUAAACUUCCCAGGGUGAUAUUAUGAUGUUUAAGGAGGAUGACUUGCACGAGGGUUUAUCCCGAGGAAGUGCAAUUAUACGACUCCUGAUUUACCUAUGUCGAGCCAAUUAUGGCCAGGUCAAGUACAUGUGCAAGUAAUGAAUUAUGAUUAAGCAAGAUGAGAUAUGAAUCAUGUAUAAGGAUACCAAAUAUGAGUGUUGUGGUCUCACGGUCAACUACAUAGUAAUUAGGGCUCCCUAUGCUAUUACUCUAUUAUGAUAUGUAUGAUAGUCACACCUCUCAUGUGGUGGUGACUGAAGAAUUCUUAUGAGAUAUGACCACACCCAGAGCGGUGUCGGGGUAUGACUACACCCAUAGUGGUGUGGGGUAUGUAUGACCACAUCCGACGGGAUGUUGGGGUAUGUAUGACUACAUCCGACGGGAUGUGGGGUAUGUUUCCCGGGAGAGUUAUUAGCAUGGGAGUAGCUAGGCGCCUAUAAGUAAAACAUGAUAAGAUGCUUAUGCAUAAGUCAAGGUGGUUGAGUCUUUUGCCUAUUGGGAUGUCGGAGAGCUGAGAUAUGAUCCCAAUGCUUUGGCUUGUUUGAUAGAUGUAUGGUAGGGGUAUGCUCUGUUAUGAACUCACGAUGCUAUGAUUAUCUCACUCAGCUAUGAGCUGACCCUCUUUUAUUCUUCUUCUCUGCUUAUGCUACGUGUAAGCAGAUCAUCAUCAGCAGCAGUAGAUAGGUGUAUAGGUGGGAGCUGAGCAAGAGUUGAAGGCAAGAUGAGGUAUGGUCUUCAACUACUCUGUGCUUGGACUACUACUCGGGAUUUUGGCCAGUGAUCCACACCUUUUUGUAAAAAUAUUUUGAGAACGUUUUUCAUGUGCAUACUAGCUUCUGAUCUAGUGUGAGAUAUCCACAGGUGUGGAAAGUUAAUGAUAUGUGUAUAUGUUGUGUAACUGUGUAAGUUGUGACGAUUAUGGUAUGUGUAAGUAUGGUAUGCAGUUAGGAAGUAUGAAAAGUGUGACUAUGGCUAAGAAAAGCCAAUGCAUAUGGUUGUGAGUAUAUAUGUUUGUGAUGAAUUAUUUUGCAGGAUAAGUUGCAAGAACUGUUAGCCCAUUACGCGAGUAAUUCAUGUCGAAAUUUUAUUUAGGUAAAUUUUGAUAAUUAAUGUAACACCCGAGGUUAAUUCCGCUGCAAUUGUAUGAACAAUAUGAUUAGGCAAAACGUAUAGGGUAGGGUGUUACAGUCAAUUCAGAUUACCUGCCCCCACUCCAGACAAUUGUAAUUGGCUCAAAAUGACUCAAUUCAGAAUUCACUAGCCAAAUUGCUCCAUCCAUAUUUUUUGCUGCCAAACAGAUCAAUCUGACACAAUUAUCUCAAAACGAGACAAUUGUGUCACAUCGAUCCAUUGGAAUUCCUCAUCCAAACGACCCCUUUGUUUAAUUUUUUGUCCAUUUUUACUAAUGUUAGUAAUUCUUUAUAUAUCUUUAUGACACUUCUAACAACAACAAAUAAUUAUUUUUCUACUUGUGUUUUGUAAUAUUUGAACCUGUAAUUCUUUAUAUAUUUAUUUUCCAUCAAAUAAAUAUUAUUUUCGUGCCAUGUCCGUUCUUAUACUCAAUAAAGUCUCGAAAAUAUUAGGCCCGACACGGCCCACUUAUAUACCGUGUCGUGCCCGUGCUCAUGCCAGUGCCCAUGAAGUUUAGGCCCGACACGGCCCAUAAAUUAUUUGUGCUCGUGUCGGGCUGGCCCAUUUAUUUCGUGUCUGUGCUCGUGUCGUGCUCUAACCGUGCCGUGCUAGCCCAUGGGCGGCACGACCCGGUGCCCACGUACACUCACCGCACUAGGAGAAGAUUCUUUUCUCUUGCCAGAAGGCGACUCUACCUUAAGUUCAUGAAAAAUAUAGGAACACCAAUUGAAAACCCUCACGUCCUCGAAACUCCCACCUAUGUAUGGGGCAAAUUCCAGAUGACACACCGAGCAAAUGUUAUGGCGAGAAAUGAACCAGUCGUUAGCAACAAGAAUUGCUUGACAACCAUUGCAACAGGUGGUCUAGGAUUUUCUGUUGAAAUGGCCAACUUGCGCAGCUUCACCAGCUCAACAUUGCGGCUCCGGUUACCAAUCAUGCUGAAUCGUUGCUGAAACUCUCGAGCAUCUUCCCAUCAAUGUUCUUGACCUCAAUCUCAGCCCCAAUAAGAGGAAGGUCGUAUACAUGUGCCACAUCCUCAGGUGUGAUGGUGAACACCUUCUUGGAGUCUCCUUCACCGAAAAUGAAACUAUCGGUUGAGAGGUCAUAAGCCGCCAUCAAGUCGUCCAAGAAGCCUGUGUUAAUUUUUGUCAUUCCAAGGUCCAAUAGGCCCCCAAACCCGACCUUCUCGGCUUCUUUCUUGCAUGGUGCAUAGUAUUCAAUAUCCCUUUUCUAGUAGUUUAUCACUUUGAGUAGGGAAAAAGGUGGAGCAGCGGAAUCUAAAGUACGAGCUCACUUGUCCCUCAUCAUCUUCUUACUCAUUUUCUUGUUGAACUACUUCUGGUUCUUCAGCAGGCGGCUGGCUAGCUUGAUCCUUCUCCGUGACGAGCUCUCUUUGCAACCAUUUUGGAUCUCACCAUCACGCAAAAUUCCUGAACACAUUUAUAUAUUAUGUUAGGUAUGUACAACUUCCAGACUAAUAUCUAAAAUGCACAGAAUAAUAUUCAUAGCAACAGAAAUUAUAUCGUCACAUCAUAAUUGUAUUUUUCAACCAGUAUAUCCAAUUAUUAUCGUGGUAAACAAAGAGUGUAUCCAAAGCUAGAUAAAAUGAUAUCCAUGAAAAAUCAUCGGAAACAAUAACUAAUGGUAUCAGAAAUGACAAAACUGAUAUCCAUGGACCCUAAAUCAAGCAUUCGACAAGUGAAACCCACACCCUAUCUAAAAUGCACAAAAUAAUAUCCAAAGUAACAAAACUGACAUUAACACAUCAGAGUAGUAGUUUUCAGCCAAUAUAUCCAAUUAUUAUCGUGGUAAACCAAGAGUGUAUCCAAAGGUAGAUAAAUGAUAUCCAUGAAAAAGUAUUAGAUACAAUUACUAAUGGUAUCCGAAGUGACAAAAUUAAUAUCCAUGGAACCCUAAAUCAAGCAUUCGACAAAUGAAACCCACAACCCCCAAAAUCGAACAACAAUAAACCCAAACUUGGUAUUUGAUCAAACAAAACACAGAAACCCCAUAUUUGAAUCACACACAAUCUUAUUCUAACAUGUCAACAAAUGAAACCCAGAUUUCCACAAAAAAAUCCACGAAACCCUAACUUCGUAUCCACAAAUAAAAUCAACAAAUAAGGAAGGAGAAGAAUCCUACCUCCAUCGUCUGAUUGUUCCAUCUUCAACGACUGUUGCGUCGCUCGAAAAACCAACCCUCUUCGUCGUCAAAGCUUCAUCGCCGUCGCCUACACCGUCUUGUCUUCACCGUCGCCGUCAGACGAGUCAUCUAACUAGCCAAACGAGCCUUCGUCGUCGUCAAACGAGUCGUCGCCGUUGACUUUUGGAGUGAGAGAGGAGAGGAAAUGACCCAACGGAGAAAGAUGAGAGAGAGAAGGGUCAUAAAAAAUUAUUGUUUUUUGAAUUUGUGGGCCCAGCGUGCCCCACUUUUCCAUCCAAAAAUCUGUGGGCUUGGACCACCCGAUGGACUAGAAUUUCUUCUCAUCAAACGUCGGCGCCAUUUUUCCUCCAUCGUCCGAUGGCACUCAGCAACAUGGCCAGUAACCCAUCCCUGUCAGUAUCUGCUAACAGAUCCCACUAUUAGCACCAUAACUAAAUUGAGAACAUGCAGGUUGUUGAGGAAGGCUGACGCGGCAAAAUAGAUUUGUUGACAUUGGUAUAACUGGUAUCGGUCAGUUCAACUAGGUAUAACCGGUAUCGGUCAUCAAACUGGCUGGAGAGGGGCAGUAUUUAGUUUUGGUCAAAUCCAGUCAAUGUUGGUCAAAUCUCAAACGCCCCGAUCCUUUUUAACCAAACAAAUACUCAUGGCUUCGGAGCCCAUGCAAAACAACCUAACAAAUUUCAUUAAAACAAAUACAAUUGAAUGCUUUUCAAAUGAAAUGUUCUAAACAUG